UGAGACCGUGGUGAAACGACACACGUGCUCCAGGGAUGCGAGAAAUCGCCGCCCCAUUAGAGUUCCAUCCCGUGAGGCGAGCGUUGCCGAGCGGAGCGUGAAACGAAGCGUAUCCACCUCCCUUACCGGAAAACCGUGAGAGGAUGCGAUUCACGGGAAAGCUCGAGGGAUAAUAAAAUAUCGGAAUCCUUUCUUAAACCACUUUCUUAAACCCCGCCGCUAUGAAGGAGGGAAGAGUAAAAUUCUAUCGAGGAAUCGUCGAAUAAAUAUGAGGAAGGUGAAGAUCCUCGGGUUAUCACGAACCCCUCUCAUCAUCGAGAAAAAGAGCACGGUGUUGGACAGGCUCGAAGUACCUUUCAUUACCGCGUCUCCUCGAUCGUCUUAAUCCCGGUUGCCCGAUCAAUGCGCACCAAGUUGAAACCAAGGGAAGGGUGUGUUAAGCCGUUGGAAUUGGACGUCGAGGUAACGAUAACCGAUCGAACGAGAUAGUAUCGUGCCUCUUUUGCGCCCCGCCCGACCCGUGAGAAUAACCAUUUCGAGUCGAUCGAGAGAACGAGGUGAAUUUUUGUUGUUGGAAAGUGUGUCGAGAGAGUGUGUGCAGCAGCAGCGGCAGCAGUAGUAGUAGUAGUGUGGAAACGGUAAAGACAAAAGCGACACGGUUCGUUCACUUUCGUUUGGAUUACCUCAUCUUUCGGUCGUAUCUUGACCGAUUUCCAUCCCUUCCACGAUGCCGUUCCUUCCAUCGUAAAAAUAUAACGGCUUAUGGGGGACGACGGAGGGAUAAAGAGCGAGAGGGAAGCCGGCCGCGAUAUAUCUGCACACCAUUGGACGGUAUAAUCUCGUAAAACCGGCACACAAGUGUCCAUCUACGUGAGCCGUACGUAAAGCCGUCGACGAGGAUCACCGGUUUCUAACCAGGAAACGUGCUACGCCGGCCACUUUCCACGCUUCCAACUGUAUUCCACGUGACAGACGAGAGAGGAACGUUUCUUCGAGGAACGAUCCCUCGAAGAAUAUACUCGGUCACGGGCGGUGUUGAACCGUUGGGUGAUCUCGUAAACCUAUCCUGAACCCUCACCUCGUCGACACUAUAUUUUUGGAUGGAUCUUAUAAUAUAUACGAAGUGAACACUCUUCUCUGUGAUGCUUCGCUUCGUGAACGCUUCUGCCUGUUUCGAGCAAUUUUGUCGUAUUUAUACGUAAAAAGAAAAAAGAAGAAGAAACGAAUUAGAGGUAUAUAAUAUUUUAUAAUAACUAGAUCUAAAGAAAAGAUAGAUUCAAUUUUGUUUUUAAUUUUGUAAAGGAACGAGAGUUUGUAGAAAUUUUUACACAAUCGUACGCGAUUUUUUUAAUAUAUAUUGGUCGUAUUAAAUAGAAAGAAGAUUAUACUUUUUGGUAAUCGGUGAUGCGCGAGUGUCACGUUCGUUCUUAAUUGUCACGCGUUAUCUGAAUCACGAGGGAUGGAUCAAGUGCACGUGAAAUCGUCGAGAUCGACGUCGAGGAGCAACCCGGCGAAAAUGGCGUGCGAGAAGGCGAGCAAGAGGCUCAGGACGAUUCUGGUUAAGGCGUCGCGCCUCGGCGUCUCGACGACGGAAGUUGCCAAGUUGGCCAGCGCCAAGAAGCUCAUUCCGCAGAGAGAUCACGGAUGGAAGUUGGCGGUGUUCCUCCUGGUCAUGUUCGGCGGCGGAGUGAUCGUCGCCUUGGCCUGCACGGCGAGGAAAGGCUGCUCGAAGCUGGAGGAGAUCUACGAACAAAACGAGAAGUUCACGACCCUGUAGCCUAUAUUACAUCGAUUCGAUGAGAGACCAUCGAACUUACUUUGAAACUUGAAAUUGCAUAUUAUUGGAUUCUACGAUAUUCCACGAUAUUUCAAGAAAAAUACAAUGACCGCAUCCAAAUUUCACCUUAUGCACAGAAUACAGCGUGUAAUUGCCACUACGAUUUUAUUAUCAUUCAUUUAAUACACAUGUAUUUCAUUGUAUAUUUUAUAAAUAAAAUAUAUAUUUUAUUAUAUAUA